AUGCCUAUCAACAGCUCUCUGGUAGCUUUCGAGUGGACGAUCAUUGCGGAGGACAGCGUCUCGCCGUCUGCGGGGCCAGUGCUGCAAAAGAUGCUGAGCCUGCUUCCUCGCCACGAUACGAAGGUGAGCUACCAACUGGAGCAGGAGGUAUUUCAUUUCCUUGUCGAGAAUGAAAUUAUCUACGGCUGCACUACCUCGGGUCACUACGAGAACCGCAUUGUCUUUGGGUUUCUCAUCCAGAUCAAGGAUGCGUUCAAGAUGGCCUUCGCCGGCAGAGCUGAGGAAUGCCUGCGCCACGCUGACCUUACCCCAGAAAACUGCCACACCUUUUCUUCUACGCUAGCUUCCUCUCGCAAAGCAUUUAACGAGAACACUCAAGAGGAUAAGGUUAGCCAAAUCAAGGAGCAGUUGAAUACGACGCGCGAGGUCAUACUCCAGAACCUGGAUAGCAUCAUCGAGCGGGGUGACCGUAUCGAUACCCUGUGCGAUCGUACUGAGCUCCUGCGUGACACGGCACAGGGCUUCCACACCAAUGCGCGCGCACUUAAUCGUACUAUUUUGAUGCACAGGAUCAAGGUGAUCGUGGGCGUCACCAUCGUUCUCGCCAUCCUCGCCCUUAUCAUCACUCUUGCUGUCUGCGGUAUCGAUUUUAAGAAAUGCUAG